AUUACUAGUUACCAAGGCAACCACACAAUCAUAUUCUUAGCGGAAUUCUAAAAAAAAGAUUUAUAAUGAGUGGGGACUCAAUAGAUGUUUUACCUGAAAGUCAUAAUAUUAUUCGUAGAUCUGAUAGUCAAGGCGAUGUCAGUGAAUUCAGUUCAUAUAGCCGCAGAAGCAGCACAGUAAACAACAGCCUAUUCGGCCUAGGUUUUCGAAGAAACCGAACAGGGCCUUAUCUAGAAGGCAACCUUCGGUUAUAUGACACAAUAGAGCUGCCGUCUGAUGUCAUGUGCUGUAGAUUUAAUGAUGAUGGACAACACUUGGCCGUUGGAUUGUGUGAUGGAACCAUUAAGAUCUUCAAUCCAGUCACAUGUCAGCUGUUGUAUUCCCUGCACGACGAGGACUCAAACAAAAACAGACUGCCUGUCACUCAGAUUCGUUUCAGGCCUUUUUCACCUGGAGAAAAAACAGAGUACAUUCACAUUAUUAUAGCCACAUAUGCGUCUGGUCAUGUCAAGUUUUGGCACUACACUUCAGGCACAUGCUUGCACUCCAUCGACGAGGGACGUCAAACUUUAUCUUUGACCAUAAACCCAGAGGGGACCCACUUUCUGACCGCUGGGGCCAACCCACAGAUCUACAUGUACGACCUGGACACCAAACAGAGAGUGGCCACCAUGGAGCCCAGUGAUGGAUACGACAUCAUGGAUGGUCACCGCUUUAGGGUGUUUGCUAUGCAGUACAACCCCAAUCAUCCCCACAUCUUCAUUUCAGGUGGUUGGGAUGAUACAGUGCAGUAUUGGGAUGACAGAAAAGUUCAUUCAGUUAAAAAGUUCACUGGACCUCACUUGUGUGGAGAUGCCCUUGACAUUGACCCCGUACACAACCACAUUCUGACUGGCUCAUGGCGCAAAACACAUGUACUACAGAUUUGGGACUUUGCUUCAGCAGUUAAAAUUAAAGAUGUGCCUCAAGAUACAUUACAUCACAGUCAGUUGUAUUGCGCCCAGUGGCUGGGUAAAGACAGCAUCAUUUGUGGUGGGACAGACCAAAACAUGGCCAGGACAAUUGACAGGGGCACCCUAAAUACCACUGGCCAGCUGGUGGACCUACCACAAGGUGUUUACUGCAUCGACAACGACAGACUGGGCUCGUUCCCCCGAGUGGCCAUAGGUUCUAACAGAUAUAUUUAUAUCUUGAGGGCAGAGAAAAAGAUGUGAUUUGAUGAUAUCUUGAGGGCAGAGAAAAAGAUGUGAUUUGAUGAUAUCUUGAGGGCAGAGAAAAAGAUGUGAUUUGAUGAUAUCUUGAGGGCAGAGAAAAAGAUGUGAUUUGAUGAUAUAUUUAUAUCUUGAGGGCAGAGAAAAAGAUGUGAUUUGAUGAUAUCUUGAGGGCAGAGAAAAAGAUGUGAUUUGAUGAUAUCUUGAGGGCAGAGAAAAAGAUGUGAUUUGAUGAUAUCUUGAGGGCAGAGAAAAAGAUGUGAUUUGAUGAUAUCUUGAGGGCAGAGAAAAAGAUGUGAUUUGAUGAUAUAUUUAUAUCUUGAGGGCAGAGAAAAAGAUGUGAUUUGAUGAUAUCUUGAGGGCAGAGAAAAAGAUGUGAUUUGAUGAUAUAUUUAUAUCUUGAGGGCAGAGAAAAAGAUGUGAUUUGAUGAUAUAUUUAUAUCUUGAGGGCAGAGAAAAAGAUGUGAUUUGAUGAUAUCUUGAGGGCAGAGAAAAAGAUGUGAUUUGAUGAUAUCUUGAGGGCAGAGAAAAAGAUGUGAUUUGAUGUGCUGACGGAUGGCUUCACAUCAUUUAAUAUUUUAAGUGCUUGUUUCAGAUGGUGUUCAUGAAAUGUAAUUCAUUGGGUUGGACAAUAUCAAACCUUUGUAUUUUUACUGAGUUUUUUUUAAGGUAUGGUAUGACAACAGGUUGAAAAACUUUGGAACAAGUUUUUAAAAUGAGAAUUCUAUAUUUCCCUAAUAUUGGACUCAGCAUUAAUCAUGAAGGCAUUGUUUGAAUGUAUGAAUGUAUUUGUGAUAAAAGAUUGUACAAGUUUUCUAAAAAAGCAUUUAGUUUAGAGUCCCCAUGCGUGUAGCAAGCUGCUUCACUUCCUGUUGAAACAGAUGUGUACUAGUGUUCAAACAAUACAUCUUUUACUAUUGUCUUUGUUAAAACAUUGUAAUUAAAGCUUUCUUUCAACCAUUUUUAUGUGUUAAAAUAACCAAUCUUCACCAUGCCUAGACCACUCGAUUUCUGGGAUUACAGUAAUGUUUUCUUGUAAAUAUUUUUUUGUUCAAAUUUUGUAUUUGGUUAAAACUGAAAUUAAACAUUUGCUACAAACAA